UCAUUUCCUUUCUAAAUCCUCUCCGAGUUUAACGGCUCCGUCACAUUAGCGGUUACUGUCAAACCAUGAAUACCAUCACCACCCGCCGGAAAGUAGUUCCGGUGGCGGAGAAUGGCGACACCGCCGACAAGCAGGACCAGCUCCUCCUCUCCGCCGCCAUAUGCAACGGCGAAGACCUCGGCUCCUUCGUACGGAAGGUAUUCGCCUCCGGCAAGCCCGAAACCCUACUUCUCCACCUCAAGCGCUUCUCCAAAUCCAAGGAAUCCGAGAUCGAGGACGUCUGUCGCGCUCACUACCAGGACUUCAUCACCGCCGUCGACGAUCUCCGAUCUCUCCUCUCCGACGUCGAUUCGCUCAAAUCCUCGCUCUCCAACUCCAACUCGAAGCUCCAGAACGUCGCCGUUCCGCUCCUCACCUCUCUCGAUUCGUACGUCGAGGCCAGGAACAAGUGCGGCAACAUCACUCUCGCGAUCAAUUCGCUCAACACGUGCGUCCGCCUGAUGGAGCUCUGCUCGCGCGCCAACUCUCAUCUGGCGGAGAAUAAUUUCUACCUGGCGUUGAGGUGUUUGGACUCGAUUGAGACGGAUUUUCAGGAUCAGGUGCCGUCAACUACGCUGAAGAGGAUGGUGGAGAAGCAGAUCCCGGCGAUUAGGGCUCACAUAGAGAGACAGGUGAAUAAGGAGUUCGGUGAUUGGCUUGUCGAGAUCCGGACUGUGAGCCGGAAUCUAGGUCAGCUCGCCAUCGGUCAAGCUUCGGCUGGGCGACAAAGGGAAGAGGAAUUGAGGAUGAAGCAGCGGGAAGCUGAGGAGCAGAGCAGGCUUAGCUUGAGAGAUUGUGUUUAUGCGCUUGAAGAAGAAGAAGACGGUGAUGAAAUUGAUGGGGUUAUCGAUGGGGGAAACGGCGGUAAUGGUAUUUUAGGGUUCGAUUUGACGCCAUUGUAUAAAGCUUAUCACAUACAUCAAACUCUAGGGCUUGGGGAUAGGUUUAGGCAGUAUUAUUUCGAGAAUAGGAAGUUGCAGUUAACUUCUGAUUUCCAAGUGUCGUCGAUGACCCCUUUUCUGGAGUCUCACCAGACGUUUUUUGCUCAAAUCGCUGGGUUUUUCAUAGUGGAGGAUCGGGUUUUGAGGACUGGAGGAGGGCUGAUAAAGAAGAUGGAAGUGGAGAAUUUGUGGGAUACUGCUGUGAUGAAGAUGUGUUCUGUGUUAGAAGAUCAGUUUUCUAGGAUGCAAACAGCAAAUCAUUUGUUGUUGAUUAAAGAUUAUGUAAGUUUGCUGGGAGUUACAUUGCGUAGGUUUGGGUAUCCGAUUGAUGCUUUGCUUGAUGUUCUUAGCAAACAUAGGGAUAAGUAUCAUGAGCUACUGCUGUCAGAUUGUCGUAAGCAGAUGGCUGAGGCUUUGGCUGCUGAUAAAUUUGAGCAGAUGUACAUGAAGAAAGAGUAUGAGUAUUCGAUGAAUGUGCUUUCGUUUCAGAUACAGACUUCGAACAUCAUGCCUGCAUUUCCUUAUGUAGCACCCUUUUCGUCUACAGUCCCUGAUUGCUGUAGAAUAGUGAGGUCUUUCAUUGAGGAUUCUGUGAGUUUCAUGUCCCAUGGUGGGCAGCUUGAGUUUUACGAUGUGGUGAAGAAGUACUUGGACAGGCUCUUGACUGAGGUAUUGGAUGGGGCAUUGUUGAAGGUCAUCAACAAUUCAAUAGGUGGAGUUACUCAGGCUAUGCAGAUGGCUGCAAACAUGGCAGUGUUUGAACGCGCUUGUGAUUUCUUUUUCCGCCAUGCUGCACAGCUCUCGGGUAUCCCUUUGAGGAUUGCAGAGAGGGGAAGGAGGCAGUUCCCUCUGAUCAAAGCCCGUGAUGCGGCUGAGGAGACCCUCUCGGGGCUGCUGAAACAGAAGGUUGAUGGGUUCCUAACCUUGAUGGAGAAUGUGAAUUGGGUUGCUGAUGAGCCUCCUCAAGGUGGGAAUGAAUACGCGAAUGAGGUGAUCAUUUUCUUGGAAACCUUGAUUUCGACUGCUCAGCAGAUCUUGCCAGUGCAGGUGCUGAAGCGGAUCAUGAAAGAUGUUCUCUCUCAUAUAUCAGAGAUGAUAAUUGGGGCUCUACUUGGAGAGUCAGUUAAAAGGUUCAAUGUGAAUGCUAUUAUGGGUCUUGAUGUUGAUGUUAGGUUAUUGGAAUCAUUUGCGGAGAACCAAGCUAGUCUUUUGUCUGAGACAGAUGCUAGUCAGUUGAAAUCAGCACUUAUUGAGUCAAGGCAGAUGGUGAAUCUGCUUCUGAGCAAUCACCCGGAGAACUUCUUGAAUCCGGUGAUUAGAGAGAGAAGUUACAGUGCACUGGACUACAGGAAAGUGGUUACAAUCUCCGAGAAAUUGAGGGAUCAGUCGGAUCGCCUAUUUGGCUCUUUCGGAACAAGAGGCGCUAAGCAGAACCCUAAGAAGAAGUCUCUGGACACGUUGAUAAAACGGCUCAAGGAUGCCAACUGAAGUCACUCAGCAACUGUAUGUUCCAUGUACCUUGAUGAUAUCUCUGUUCCUCUAGAGUUUCUUGAUUGCCAAUUAUAUGCCAUAGUAUUGCUGUUGUUGCUUUCUCUUGAAUACUUUGAACCCAUUCUUGUACGUAUAAUGUCAUUUUUAUUGUAUUAAAUUCUUCAGAAAACAUGUUAAUGAGGAUCCCUUUGAUUUAAGUUCAUGUCUGUUGAACAUUGUUUCUGAGCUUUUGCAAGAAAACUGAUGAAAUGAUUUGCUGAA